CCAAAACCAAAUCACUGACAUAAUAACAAAACAAUGGAGAAGAAGAAAGGAAAGGGAGUCGAAAGCUCAAAGUUGAACGUUGCCAUCAUUCAUCCCGAUCUUGGAAUAGGUGGAGCUGAAAGGUUAAUUGUUGAUGCAGCUGUCGAGCUUGUAUCCCAUGGGCACAAUGUUCAUAUUUUUACAGCUCACCAUGACAAGACUCGUUGUUUUGAGGAGACUCUCACAGGUGGUUUUCCAGUUACAGUAUAUGGUGCUUUCCUACCCCGCCAUAUUUUCUAUCGGUUUCAUGCAGUGUGUGCAUAUUUGCGGUGUAUCUUUGUCACUGUCUGCAUGCUACUCUUUUGGCCCUCUUUCGAUGUUAUAUUGGCAGACCAGGUCUCCAUUGUCAUUCCCUUGUUGAGAAUUAAAAAGUCCAUGAAGGUUGUAUUCUAUUGCCAUUUUCCUGAUCAGUUGCUGGCGCAGCAUACAACUGCUCUUAGGAGGAUAUAUCGGAAGCCGAUUGACAUGGUUGAAGAAUCAACUACUGGGAUGGCAGAUCUGAUUCUUGUUAACAGCCGAUUUACUGCCUCCACUUUUGCCAAUACAUUUAAGACUCUUGAUGCCCGAGGGUUUCGACCAGCUGUUCUUCACCCAGCAGUCAAUGUGGAGCAGUUUGAUGAACCCUAUGCUUACAACUUGAAUUUUCUCUCUAUCAAUCGUUUUGAAAGAAAAAAGAACAUUGGUUUAGCAAUUUCGGCAUUUGCAAUGCUUCACGCUCAUGAAAGAGAUGUUCUUCAAGGUCGUAACUUGGUCAAGGUUUCCCUGACUAUUGCAGGUGGCUUUGAUAAACGCCUCAAGGAGAACGUAGAGUACUUGGAAGAACUUAAAAGCUUAGCAGAAAGGGAAGGAGUCUCUGACCGGGUUAGCUUCAUCACAUCCUGCUCGACAGCAGAAAGGAAUUGUCUCCUCUCCCAGUGCCUAUGUGUCCUCUACACUCCAAAGGAUGAACACUUUGGCAUUGUUCCCUUGGAGGCAAUGGCAGCCCAAAAACCUGUUAUUGCAUGCAAUAGUGGGGGCCCUGUGGAGACUAUUAAGGAUGGCAUCACAGGGUUCCUUUGUGAUCCAACCCCACAGAAGUUCUCACUGGCUAUGGCCAGGUUCAUUAGUGAUCCCGAGCUGGCAGAGAAGAUGGGCAGAGAAGCUCGGCAACAUGUUAGUGAGUCAUUCUCUACCAAGAUUUUUGGCCUACGGUUGGAUCAAUUUAUUAUUAAUGUUGCCCAGGGUAAGAGCGACAAGGGGGUAAACUAAUUGCAUUAAUUGAUGAAGAGAGAAUAGCUUUGCCAUUUAGUCCAUCAGUGUGCAGUCAUUUAAGGUCCUGUUUUAUUACUCUUACAAGUUG